CUUAUUUCGACGCAGCUUUGCAAUUAUUAACAACUGCAGCAUCGUAUAUUCUGUCCAACCUGUUUGAUAUCAGAAAAGAAGCAAUUUUAUGUUCAUUUAAGCUUUAUAGUUUACCGCAAAUCAGCAUAAUGUCAUCUCGCCCGCAGUUCUUUCAUCUUCCCAACUCACCAUCGUGUCGCAUACUCGACCGCUUCAGUGAUCUUCCCGACGAUGCAGAAGUCGAAGAAGAUGAGAAUGGUCAGAUCCCAUUUUGGCCGCUACUAAAACACCUUCUCUGCACUCCCGUGUCAAGUAUUGCGCAGCUGAUUGAUCGGCUACAAACAAUUGCCGCCAACGCAGAGACAUGUCAAAAUAAUGACUAUGGGUCUCUAAACGAGUUUCUUACACAGCAAGGAGAGACUAAGACACUUGAUAACAUCUGGCCUAAGAUUCGCGAUAUUGCACUAACACUUCCGACUUAUUUCCCAAGUGGUCAGCUUGAGCUUCUUCAGCCAAGACGUCCACUUCGUCUGACCCGUGGUCAAGUUGCUUGCCUUGUGGCGCAUCAACUCCUCUGUUCGUUGACACCUCAAAGAGAUGAAGAUGGCUAUCGGGAUCUGGGCAUAUGGUUCUCAUCCGAGCAGCGACAUCCCACUGCAGUACAGAUGUACUUGGAAGCUCUGUUUAAGUAUUUCGAGAGUAUACCUGAAGUUAGCGCUCUUCUGGAAGAUCAUCAAGCUAUGCCCAACGAGGCACAUGAUGCUGUCAUGUAUGAACUUCAUCAAGGAAAGCCAGUCUUAUCAGAGGCUGCGAAAUUGGUAAAACUACACGUGAACUACCUGGACGCCCACACAUCAGAUACACAUAAUCCAGAGUUUCAAGGUGAAGGAGGAGCUGCUGUUGUAUCUUCCAACAAGGUUAUCGGAUUCGGUCAAUCUGCUACACAGGAAGAAAUAUUCGUUGGAAUUGCUCCUGAGGCUUACCCCGUGGUAUUGGUUGCGCCUCAUCUCACAGACGAUACAGUCAUUACUGUCUCUGGCGCGAGAGCAAUGGUUGAUAUGAAGGGUCAAAGACGUGUUAUUGAAUGGAAGAUACGCCCCACACCGCCAUCAGAUGACUUCUCAGGUUGGAAGAAAUCAUGGAGGGGAGGACGUCUGAUCUUCAUGGACGCUUUGGAGAUGGACAUGCUUGACCACUUAGAGAACGAUGGACUACCCGACCUAACUGCUGAGAACAUUGAUCGCGAAAUCAACAAGGCAGCAAAUGGGUUUUCAUCCUAUAAAGGAAAUUCCGUCUUCACUGGACUCUGGGGCUGUGGCGCCUUUGGAGGUGACCCAGGGAUGAAACUCAUGGUACUAUGGCUCGCAGCAGGGGCAGCAAAUGUUGAGCUGAAUCUGAUGCUUGGGCCCGGAGAACAUGAUCUGGGAAGAAAAAUGGAGGAGGUAGUCAAGGCUUGCGAAGAUUUGACCGCAAGUGGCGCGCGCGAGCUGCUAUCAAGAGUUCCUGGAGACUUGCGCCGUGAAGAAAUCUUGGAAUGGAUUGCGAACGAGGCGUCAGGGGCUCAUCAUCGCACAUGUUGACGGCCAGGGGAAUCAUGAUCUUGUCAGCCGAGGUUGAGAAAGAAAAGGCUCAUUAGAAAUCUUACCAUAAAGACCAAACCGAACCCAUUGGCGGACUAUUACCUGAAGCAUUUGAGGGGUGGGCCUUGAUAACCGCGUAUAAUCACAGUCAUUGUACAAAUUCCGAGUAUAUCGGGCUGUGGGAGAAGUCCGAAUUAUUUUUGGCUUCUAUGGAAACUCUUGUUUCCCAGAUCGUAUGUUGUCAAGGCCAAAGAAAGAAACACUGGACUGCAAUUGAAGCGAAU